AUUUCUGAGAAUCUACUUUGGUUACUUUUAAUUACCAAAAUAUAUAAGUUGGUUCAUUAGACUUUACAGAAACCCAGGUCGUUGAGGUCAAGCGCCCACUCACAAGGCCAGAGAACCAUCUUUCGAUUUGGCAGAACAAACAUAUACCCAACUCUCUUUGCUUUGUCUGAUUUCAUCAUGUAGGUAGCUACAACUCGGGUUUAAAUGAACUUCCAUUGAUGUUUGUACCGUUUGAAGGAGAAUCUUAGGGAAAAAUGGCUGGGCGGCGACAUAUUUUACCAUCCUUUGACAGACGCCCUAUACAGUCUCCAGGGAUGAUGCGGUACGGGCCAUUGCCUGGGUUAGGUCGUGCUCCUGGCCACCGAGUUUUGGAGCCAGUACCCCGUGCUGAACUACUGGAAAACAAAAUUGCAUAUCAAGCAGCAGAGAUAAAACAACUUGCAGGAGACAAUCAUAGACUGGCAGCUACUGAGGUGGAUUUGAGGCGGGAGCUUGUAGCUGCAGAGGAGGAAGUUCAAACAGUCAAGGCACACAUGAGAAGCAUCCAGACUGAGAGCGACAUCCAGAUCCGAGCGUUGCUUGAUAAGAUUGUAAAAAAGGAACAGGAAAUUGUAGCCGGUGAGGGUGUGAAGAAGGAAUUGCAAAAGGCUCACAUGGAAGCACACAGCUUGGUGGAAGCACGGAAAGAGCUAAGAAUUCAAAUUCGACAGGCCACUGAUGAGUUGCAGAAAGCUUGUAUUGAGGUUAAGAAACUGCCAGAUCUGCAUGGUGAACUUGAUAGUUUGAGACAAGAACACGAGAGGCUGCGUGCUACUUUUGAAUAUGAAAAAGGUAGAAACAUAGAACAAGUCGAGCAAAUGAAAGCAAUGGAGAAGAAUCUAAUGGGCAUGGCAGGAGAAGUAGAAAGGUUGCGUGCUGAGGUCUUGAAUGCAGAGAAGAGAGCACAAGCACCAAAUCCACGUAAUGGCGGUUACAUGAAUCCAGAUUCUUAUUACACUGCUACCAUGCCAGGUGCUAGUGCGUAUUUUGAUGGUUAUGGAAGGCCUUAUGUUUCAAUGGGUAAUAGGCCACUGGGAGAGGGAAUAAUUCAAUUUGCCAGCAGCAGCAAGCAGCAUGCUGCUGCAGGUAUUCCAACUGCUGGGGAUGGUGCUAUCUGGGGAGCAGCAUAUAAUCCCUUGCUUGGCACUGCUUCUGGUGGUGCUACUGUCCCUACCACUGGGAGCAGUGCUGUUUGGGGAGGAGCAUAUGAUUCAGCACUUGCUCGUCAGUAAACAUAGAGCCAGCCCUGAGAUUUUCAGGGCAGCUAAUUAUUAAAUUGGGCCUAUGCAUAUGUUAAUGAAUUUGAUUUUUCUUUUGUGUAUUAUGUCGUAUUAAGCUUGAGGUUAAGUGGUAGGUAUUUAUGUAACUAUUAUUGGUUUGUUUUUAGGUUACUAUUUAUCAUAAAUGGGUUAUAAGUAGCUGCUGAGAAAAGAUCAAGUGCAAAGGCCUGGAAAAUCUUUUGAGGCGUCACUGAGAGAUGGGGAAUCCAGGUUACACAAUUUCUUUUUGAAUCAUUCAAAUACUUCUAUACUUGGUCACUAUUUUGUGCUGUUUGAACCCCAACAGUAAUUAGUUAACAAAAUAAAUAAGUAACCUAUAUUAUUUGGUUGUCGUUAAGAUU